AUGGAGACUAACCAACUCUCUCAAAAUACACUCUACUAUUAUUGGUAUUUUUUGGACGAUAUCGACUCUCCUGGCGCGGCGAAACAUCAACUUGGCAAGACCCUCAACAGGCUGUUUCUGACUCACGUUGGGUCCAACGACCUCGUCUUAUUUUUCAUCUUACUGGCCACCGCCGGUGUCAUCUGGGCCGUUUCUGAGAGACUUGCUGGCGCGCUGUGCUUCAUUGCGGGCGCACUCACCUCCCUUGUUCUUGGCCUGGUUGCCAUCUUCGUCAGCCGGAGGACCGCCAGCAAGCUCGUGAACCUUGCUCACGGCGGCGUGCGCAGGGUCUACAACCGCAGCAUGGGCAACGCCUCUGCUCUCGUGGUGUUCUCGCUCGGCCUCAACGCGCUCGUCAUUCUCGCGAUUUCGUGCGCUCUGACGUUCAGGGAGACCCAGCUCUCGAAGAUCACCCUUUCCCUGAAGGCCAUUUCCUUCUUCUCCUUCGGGAGCCUCGUGGUCACUCUCUACUCCAGGACCUCGGGUGGACUCUACAACAACGCCUUCAGCAUUCUCAGUCAGUCCGACUUGGAGCACGAGGACGAGAACAGGCCCAUUUUCGACAGCAUGAACGCCUUCUUGCAGAACAUUUACGAGCUCAUUCUCGAGGUGGUUGCUAUUGUUUCCGUUCUCUUUUGCACCUACUUUCUGGUUAUUGGUGGAUUUUCUGACGGCGCCGACUUGGUUGCCAACCAUUUCGGCCACCUAAACUUCCCCGUGCUCGUUCUUGCUUUCAGCAUGGCUGUCAGUGUGAUUUUUAUUUUCAUUUUCGGCUUUAUCAUGAGGAACAACAGCAUGAAGCUCGUAAAGCGUUCAUUUUUUUACAUAACGGGCUGUUCUUCACUCCUUAUUAUUAUUCUCAUGCCCAUGUUUCAUGCGUUCUUCACUCCCAAGGACUUGAAGGCUAUCAGUUACAACAGGUUCGUUAACUAUGGACUUGUGAUUUCCGGGUCCUUUUCUGCCAUUCUCAUUGCCUUUUCUGGCUACUUCUUUCUUUCUAGCUACACUAGGCCUGGCAGGUCUGUCAAUCUUUCCGUGUUAACUUCUCUCACUGGGGGCUUGGUUAACUCUCUUUCCUUUUCAAAGCUGCUUUGUUUUGUUCCCACGGCUACUGUUUGUUUUAACCUUUUCAUCUGCGUUUUGUGUUCUGACGUUUACGCGCUUCUUUACGUCGCCACUGGCUUCUUGUGUCUGCUCACCAUGGUUGUAAUCGGCUCUGUGUUCUACUCUCUCAUGGUUACUUCUUCCAAGUUUGCCAAGUACUGCAACUACGACGACGACGUAACGCAGAUGUUCACCUCCUUCAGGCGCAGCUGGUACGACAUUAACGCCAUCGUGCGUCCCUUUCUCAGCACCAUGUCAAUCUUAAUUGGCCUCGUUCUGCUCAGCCACCUUUAUCACAGCCUAAAGCUGAAGGCGUACAGCCACUUUCACCCGCUAGUGAUGAUGUCGCUGCUCAUUGGCUGUCUCUUUCCCGUUUUCCAGAGCGGCCUCAUUCUCAGGAUCUCCUCUGGAAUUGCCAACUGGAGGCUCAAGAAGCAGGGGUACCUGCGCCUUUUAAACGAACUAUAUCUCGACGGUGCUGACGACGAUGACCACGACGACCGCGGCAUGGCCGACACCUACGAGCGUAACCAGAGGAUUCUCAACAAGUUGAAGUUCUGGAAGAGGUUUGGCUCUAACAAGAAGCCCAAGGGGUCCGGGUCCGGACAAAAUCAAUCCUCCAACGAGGGAGACGCCCCGCAGUCUGACAACGCCGGCCUUCCUCAGGAUGACUCUGAGGUCGUCGUCCGCGUCCAUGGCGAGACCAGCAACUACCGGACCUUCGGCCGCGCCUUCAAGGCCUGCCUGCUUAGGGAGGCUGGCGUCAGGGAGGACGUGCUUAUGAACGCUCCCAUAAUGUGCAGCUCCGCCAGGUCCACUCAUCAGGACUACCUUACUCCCAACCUCGCUCUGCAUGCCAACUCAAAUCACCAAAAUAAUAUCGGUGCAAACGGCGCCGCUGUCCAAGCCGUGGAGAACACGAAGACUCUUACUACUCAGGACCUCAACACCAGCGACGUCGGCAACGCCCUCGGUGUCCACAAGCACGGCUCCAGGGACUACAGGAUCCUAAAGAACGCCGACAACCACUACAGGAUGUUCCACCCCAAGUACCAUGACAAGCACUUCAACCUCAGGAAGAAGUCCAAGGACUCCGAGGUCGUCGACGAGACCAACGAAACUUCCAUCUACUGCCCCAGCUACGAGCUUUCCGACGGCGUGAACUCCGAGGUUGAUGGCGAGUCUGGCGACAGCCUCGACAAGGUCUACAGGCGCAGCGAGGACAUGGCAAAGGACGUUGCUCGCAGCGUAAACAUUCACUACUACAACCAGAGCAGCUGCGGCAGCUCCUGCGCUGAGAGGGAGUCCGCGUCUUUCUUAAAGGUCGUCCAACACGACCAGGUUCACACCAGGGAGCCCGAAUCCGACUCUGAGUCCAAAAACAAGGGCAACCGCAACGAGUCAAAUCCGGGUGAAACUGCUCACCAUAAGCGCGGCUCAAAUGAGGGCAGAAGACGCUUUGUCAGGCCUAUUAGAAGAUCGAGGGGCAGAACUCGUCCCACUGAAGUGCGAUCCGAUGAGGUAUCUGCGCCCAAGGAAACUGCCACAGAGCCUUCUGAGCCUACGGAGCCCUCUUCCUCCUCAAGUGGCUCCCGCGAGCUACCCGUUCCUGGGGAUCUGGACUUAUUGACCAGGCUUUCUCGAAGCUUCGGGGAGCCCGGUGACGCCUCUUCCAGACACGAUACCCCCUUGUCUGACAACUACCCCGUGCCAAAACUUGAGCCGAUGAGCAAGGAGUCUGCUCCAUUGUCCGAGAAAAAAGGCCCUGCGGCCCCUUCGGGCGAGGAGACGCCUUUGGCUCCCACUGCCAGAAACACCCCCGUUUCUGGCUCGAGCAGCGAGGCCCCGGCUUCCGAGUCACCUAAGGUGGCAGACUCGGUUCUCAGUGGGUCCGAGUCCCACACUUCCGAGUCGAUGGGCGUCUUAAGCUCCAGCUCCAAGAAUGACUCGGCGCCCGCUCAUCCUGCCUCUGAGACCGAUGUGUCUCCUGCACCUUUUGAGGCUUCGGACAACGACGACGACUUUGCCCGGGAACUAAACAUUAGAAUUCAGCAGAAUUUAAUCCCUCCUGACGUUGGCAUUUCUGACCAGCCCCGGAGGCCAACUCCCAAGUGCAUUGAGCUCCCUGUGUUGGCCGAUUUGGAGGCUGCUCUUUCCAGCAACGUCAAGUCGACUACGGGCAGCGGCAGGGCUUCUAACCUCAAGGCCAGCUCUUUUCACAACACCUUGACUUCGAUUUUCCUUUCUCUCCUCCCCUUUAUCUUUUCACUGGGAUUUCCUAUGCUUUUUGGGGUUGCCUUCGGGUCGAUUUCCAUCAGCGUCAUGGCGCUCUUUUCGACUCUGUCGUCCUCGCUGCUCGUUCAACUGAUGACUUUCUGCUCAACCUCCUGGGAGUCCACCUUGCUUUUCAUGAGGUCCAAGAGGGACAGGGACGACAUCAAAGGUCGUGACCAUCUUAUCAACGAUGCUGACUUUAAAAACGGCCAGUCUGUCAGCAUGAUUGGCAGGAUAACGCUGUGUUCUGUUGGCCCUGUUCUCAACACACUCGUUAUUGCGAUUCCGCUUUUGUGUGUUUUGGCUGCGGAUCAGUUUAACAGUUUUUCUAACGCUCACGGGUUCCCCAGGUGGCUUAUUUUUUUCUUUGUUCCUUUCGGCAGACGUGGGUUCAUGAAUAGCGUUUCUCAAAAUGUUACUUUUUUGGAAGAGGGCAAGGCUGGUGAAUUGAUUCUUAAAGUAAAUGUUAAGCCUGGUGCCAAACAAACUCAGGUUGUGGGAGAGGUGGAAGGUUUACUUUCUCUUCAGAUUUCUGCUCCUCCUAGAGACGGAGAGUGUAACAAGGCUCUGUUAGAAUAUGUGGCUGAACUUUGUAAGCUUUCAGCAUACCAAUUUUCUUUUAGUGCGUUUGAGAAGGGGGAACGUGUCUCUUAUUCAUGGACAUAA